GGAAAGAGAAACCAGCAGUACAAGCGCAGCUCCAUCGGUGUUAGAGACACUCAGAAUCCCAGUGAAGUUUGAUUCCGUACCCGGGUGGAGAUGGGUGUAAUGUUCGGGACGUUCUCACUGCCGAGUGUACAGGUGGCUCGUUCUCACUGCAGGUCAGAUAAAGUGGAUGAUGAGUUAGAGAUGACCAUGGUGUGUCAUCGACCUGAAGGGCUUGAUCAGCUGGAGGCGCAAACGAAUUUCACCAAGCAGGAGCUGCAAGUACUCUACCGGGGUUUUAAAAAUGAGUGUCCGAGCGGAGUAGUGAAUGAGGAGACGUUUAAACACAUCUACGCACAGUUCUUUCCUCAUGGAGAUGCCUCAACAUAUGCUCACUACCUGUUUAAUGCAUUUGACACAACGAAUAAUGGCUCCAUAAAGUUUGAAGAUUUUGUGAUGGGUCUGUCCAUUCUUCUGAGGGGAACAGUCCAAGAAAAACUGGAGUGGACUUUCCAUCUGUACGACAUUAAUCGAGAUGGGUUCAUCAACAAAGAGGAGAUGACGGAGAUUGUGCAGGCCAUUUACGACAUGAUGGGGAAGUACACAUAUCCUGCUUUGAAAGGAGACGUGCCCAAGCAGCAUGUAGAUGCUUUCUUCCAGAAAAUGGACAAAAACAAAGAUGGUGUUGUGACAUUGGAAGAGUUUAUCCUAGCGUGCCAAGAAGAUGAAACCAUGAUGAGAUCCAUGCAGCUUUUCGAAAAUGUGAUGUAAGAAACACAAACACAGACAGAGAGAGCAAGAGAGAGAGUGUAUCUAUGAAAGACAAAACACAUAGAGACAGAAGAAAGAUUUAUAUUUAUAUAUGCACAUAAUUUCUGGAAUGUUUAUAUGUUAACAUAGCUUAUGUGUAUGGAUCAGCACUCUCGCUCUCAAUACAAAUUUAAUAAGCUACAAACUAACACUAUCACAGUGACCAGCCAAUUAUGAUUGUGUACUGUCCAACACUCAGUGACGGCUGAUGAUCAGACGGACACAAUGGAAUCCCUCCUUGCCUGAGUAAGAGAAGAAAAGCGAGCAUAUGAACCCCUGCUUCUCCGUGUUGCUCUACAACUAAAAGUGGCUGUUUCAGACUUUCUUAAAUGCUCAGAUGUCUCCCACCAUUGCUUCUCAUUUUACAAACUUUUUAAAUUGCUACAAAGGUCGACCUUACUGCAUUUAAGCUUUGAAGCUACGACUUGAGGACUCCAUCUACCUGAGAAGGAUGUGAACUGCAUCUCAUAACAGUGACUUAGAAUUCACUAAGAGUUUUGCAUGUUUUAACCUUCAGUUACUUGAACGUUGGCUGAUGUAAUAUAAUAUACAAGCCUGAUGUGUUGAUUAAUGCAUUAAAUGAUUUAAUGUUUUAUGUAUUACAGUUGGAAUUGGGUAAAAAUUAUAUUUGGAUGUCUUGCCAUUUUGUGUAUUCAUGAUAAUGCUUAUGGAUAUCCUGUGUGUCUUCUGUUUGUUCUGCUCUCUGUCUGUCUGUCUGUCUGUCUGUUUGUGUACAGAGAUAAAGCGUUAUGAUUGGUGUGCUCAAUUUCUUUUACUUAGUGACAAUCCAGCUCAGUAUUUUUUUUAUUCAUUUUCUUAGUUUACAAAAAAUAUAAACAUGCUAAAUUAUUAAAUUUAUAUUGUUACUCAUAAAUAAUAAAAAACUGUUAAUCGCCACUCAAAGAGUUAUAUAGUGGGAAAUACAGAUAUGAGUAAUCUUUUAAUGCUGUAUAAUGCUUCAUCUUACUCAGAUGCUGAAAUAAA